CGCUUCCUUCGCCACCUCUCGCGUCUCCCCUCUCCCGAAACCAAACCCCUCGCACUCCAACUCCUCAAUCUGAGCAGUGUAGAACUCUCUCGCCCUACUCCGACCGUCAAAAAAAUCCAAUCUUUCCGCUCCCCUCCGACGUUCUCGGAGGCCGCACGGCUGCAAGAUUGAUCAAUCCUGCGCGGAUCGAGCCGCAGACACCACCAGUUCCAAUCCAAUCCCCAGCUGGGUGCUUGCGGACCGCAGAGCAGAGCCCGGACGGAGCAUGGGGUCCCGAUCCGCCGCCAGCGCGGCGCUGCGGAUAUGGCUGCUGGUGUCCGUGGCGCUGCUGCUGGGCUGCUGCCAGGGAAGGUUCGUGGUGGAGAAGAACAGCCUCAAGGUGACGGCGCCCGACGACCUCAAGGGCACCUACGAGUGCGCCAUUGGCAACUUCGGGGUGCCCCAGUACGGCGGCACCAUGGUCGGCUUCGUCGCCUACCCCAAGGCCAACAGGAAGGCCUGCAAGAGCUUCGACGACUUCGACAUCUCCUACAAGGCCAAGCCGGGGGCGUUCCCCACCUUCUUGCUCGUCGACAGGGGAGAUUGCUACUUUGCAAAGAAGGCAUGGAAUGCACAGAAAGCAGGAGCAGCGGCGAUCCUUGUUGCUGAUGACAAAGACGAGCCUCUAAUUACGAUGGACAACCCUGAGGAGAGUGGCAACACGGAUUACUUAGAGAACAUCACUAUUCCUUCGGCGUUAAUAACCAAGAGCUUUGGGGACAGGCUCAAGAAAGCAAUUGACAAAGGUGACAUGGUUAAUGUGAAUUUGGAUUGGAGGGAGGCCCUGCCCCAUCCUGAUGAGCGUGUUGAGUAUGAGUUUUGGACCAACAGCAAUGAUGAAUGUGGCCCAAAGUGCGAUAGCCAGAUUGAUUUUGUCAAGAGCUUCAAAGGAGCAGCACAGGUGCUUGAGAAGAAGGGCUACACAGAGUUCACUCCUCACUACAUCACCUGGUAUUGCCCAGAGGCCUUCAUUCUGAGCAAGCAGUGCAAGUCCCAGUGCAUCAACCAUGGGAGAUACUGUGCACCUGACCCGGAACAGGAUUUUAGCAAAGGAUAUGAUGGAAAAGAUGUGGUGGUCCAGAACUUGCGCCAAGUUUGUGUCUUUAAGGUUGCUAAGGAGCACAAGAAGCCUUGGUUAUGGUGGGACUAUGUUACUGAUUUUGCGAUUCGGUGCCCAAUGAAGGAAAAGAAGUACACAAAGGAGUGUGCUGAAGGGGUUAUUAAGUCGCUUGGCCUUGAUCAUAAAGCAAUAGAUAAGUGUAUUGGUGAUCCAGAUGCUGAUGAAGAAAACCCUGUUCUGAAAGCUGAACAAGAUGCACAGAUUGGCAAGGGCUCUCGUGGUGAUGUUACCAUCUUACCAACUCUGGUAAUCAACAAUAGACAAUACAGAGGGAAGCUUGACAAAGGAGCAGUUCUUAAAGCACUUUGUGCUGGUUUUAAGGAAACCACUGAGCCAGCCGUUUGCUUGAGUGAAGAUAUACAAACAAAUGAGUGCCUAGAGAACAAUGGUGGCUGUUGGCAAGAUAAGGCUGCUAACAUCACUGCAUGCAAGGAUACUUUCCGUGGAAGAGUUUGUGAGUGUCCAGUUGUGAAAGGAGUAAAAUUUGUUGGUGAUGGCUAUACUCAUUGUGAAGCUUCCGGAUCUGGGCGAUGUGAAAUUAAUAAUGGAGGAUGCUGGAAAGAUACCAAGAAUGGUCGGACAUACUCAGCCUGUACUGAUGAUGGCUGCAAAUGCCCAGAUGGAUUCAAGGGUGAUGGUAAGCACAAAUGUGAAGAUAUUGAUGAAUGUAAGGAAAAGACUGCAUGUCAGUGCAAAGAAUGCAAAUGCAAAAACACAUGGGGAAGCUAUGAGUGUGGCUGCAGUGGAGGCUUGCUUUACAUGAGGGAGCAUGAUACAUGCAUAAGCAAAAAUGGAGGAUCAGAAGCAGGCUGGGGCUUCUUGUGGGUCGUCUUCUUCGGCCUUGUUGCAGCAGGAAUUGCAGGAUAUGCAGUGUACAAGUACAGGAUCCGGAGAUACAUGGACUCAGAGAUCCGUGCCAUCAUGGCUCAGUACAUGCCCCUGGACAACCAAGGAGAUGUCCAGAGCCAUUCUCACCAUAUUGAGAUGUGAGGUGGAUGCAGACUUGAUGAGAGGAGACCGACACUUGAUCUAGCUUAUAUACACUUGAAUUAGAUGUGCAUAACCGUAACUUUCUUCUGUAGCAUUCAGUGUCCUUGAACAAUUUGUAUCUGUGUGGUUUCUGUGUUAGGUUGUACCAUGACAUGGUCUUGUUUAGUAAUAAUUGUCAUCUUUUCUUUCAGUGGCAAUAAAGGAGAUGGCAAACGGGCAUGACUAAAACAA